AUGGUAGAUGGGAAUACAGCUAGCAGCUUUCAUCAUGAGAAAGUCCAGGCCAUUACUGUAUUGAGGAGCAAUAAAACAGUGGGCAACAAGGUUGCAGAGAAGAAAGAUGAACAAGUUGGUCAGCCAAAAGAUCCUACUCUGAUUAAAGACAAGGGGCCACUACAAGAUGAGACAGCUUCAACCACUCUACCUCUUGAGCGGCCAUAUGAACCGAAGGCUCUAUUCCCUGAACGCCUCAAGGAAUCGAAUCAGUUUGGGAAGCAAGGAGAGAAGAUCCAAGACAUGUUAGAGGUCUUCAAGCUGGUAAAAAUCAAUAUCCCUCUCCUUGAUGCCAUCAAACAGAUUCCGCCAUACGCCAAGUUCCUCAAGGAUUUGUCUACGCAAAAGCAAAGAACAAAGGCCUACACUUCGAAGAAUGUAAUCCUCAUAGAACAAGUUAGUUCCCUUGUUCAACACAGCAUCCCUCCAAAGUUCAAUGAACCUGGUGCUCCUGCCAUCUCCUGCAUCAUUGGAGACCAUAAGGUUGAGAAAGCCCUCCUCGAUUUGGGGGCUGGAGUGAAUCUACUGCCCCAUAGAAUUUAUUUGCAGGUCGGUUGGGGGGAAUUGAAGUCCACUACUGUUAUCUUUCAAAUGGCUGAUAGAUCUAUCAAGAAACCGCUGGGAAUCAUUGAAGAUGUAAUCAUUCAGGUGGACAAGUUCUACUUCCCAGUGGAUUUUAUUGUUCUUGAUAUAGAACCUGUCCCCAAUCCUGACAAGAUGAUCCUAGUUAUCCUAGGUUGUCCAUUCUUAGCCACAACUAAUGCAAACAUAAACUGUAUAAUCGGGAUUAUGAAGAUCAGUUUUGGGAAUAUGAAGGUAAAACUAAACAUCUUCAAUGCCUUUCAGCAUUUGCUAGAUAAAAUAUGGAAUUGUGGUGAUAACCACAAUCACAUAGAUGAUUGUGCAAGAGCUGAGGAUGAGGAGUACCAAGAUUACCAGGAUCUUUGUGCUAAUCCUGAUGAGUGUGGAUGA